AUGAAGCUGUUGCUCCUGCUCCUGCUGCUGGCCGCGUGCUGGCCCGUGCAGGACGCACAGUCCGACUGCCUAUCGAGCUGCGGGGUCCGGGCUGUGUCUUCCUACAACAACAUGAUGCGCAUCGUGGGCGGUUCGGAUGCUCAGCCAGGCUCCUGGCCCUGGAUCGUCAGCAUCCAGGUGCCGUGGAAAAGAGGCAGUGGACACAUCUGUGGAGGGUCGCUCAUCAGUCACCAGUGGGUCCUCACCGCAGCUCACUGCUUCAUAAACGCCAGCAAUCCUGAGAUGUGGCGAAUAAUGGCUGGUACCGUCCGCUUGCUCCAGCCAGACCCUGGGGCCCAAGUGAUCAAUAUUAAGAGGGUACUGAUACACGAAUACUACAGCAACCUCACUCAGAGGAACGACAUCGCCCUUCUGGAGCUGCAACAACCCGUGCAGUGCGGCAAAUACGUGCAGAUGGCAUGUUUGCCCGACACCUCGCUCCAAGUGCCCGGGCUCUCACCUUGCUACGUGGGCGGCUGGGGAGCCACGCAGGAAGGAUCUAAGAUAACACCUGCAGUCCUGCAGGAGGCUGCUGUCAACCUCAUUGACAUCCGCACCUGCAACAGCAGCCAGUGGUAUAGAGGGGCCAUUAGCAGCACCAACGUGUGUGCUGGCUAUCAGCAAGGCGGCAUCGACUCUUGCCAGGGUGACAGCGGCGGCCCCCUCGUAUGCAAGGAUCGAACUGGCGACUACUACUGGCUUGUUGGUAUCACCAGCUGGGGAAAAGGCUGUGGGAGAGCGCAGCAACCCGGAGUCUACACCUCCACUCAGCACUAUUACCAGUGGAUCCUGGUCCAAAUGGGGCUGCUCCAAGCAUCACAGACAACUGCACCACCCUAUGUUGCAACCUCGUUCCACAAGCCAAAACCCACAUACUCAAACAGACCUGGCUCCUGCCCGUUUCCACGCAACAAGCUGUCCGAGUUCUUCACUCUGCUGCAGGAGAUGCUGCAGGUUAUAAAAGAAAGUGAGGCUUAAACAGCAACACAAACAGGAUCGGGGGCAGUGUGCGGCAACCAUUUCCCCCUCGGGCAGUGCCCAUUGAGCCAGAGGCACCCGCGGGGCCAACGGCUUGCUCUGCCCUGCCCACCUCCCCCGACUGACCACAAACCCUGAACCUUUACUCAAUUCCACAAAUAAAAUUGCCUA